AACAAAAAAACCUUAGUAAUAGAUUUAGACGAAACAUUAGUACAUAGUUCAUUUACUUACAUCAAUAAUGCUGACUUUUCUUUAUUAAUUAAAGUUUAAGGAAUGUCUUUUGUAGUUUAUGUUAAAAAGAGACCUGGAUGUGAAAUUUUUUUAGAAGUAUUAAGCAAUUAUUAUGAAAUAAUUAUAUAUACUGCAAGCUUAUCAGAAUACGCAAAUCCAGUUAUUGAUAUUAUUGAUAAAAAGGGUGUUUGUAGUUUAAGAUUAUUUCGUGAAAAUUGUAGCUUGUAUAAUGGUAUUUUCGUAAAAGAUAUGUCUAAAUUGUAAAGAGAUUUAAAAGAUAUAAUAAUAAUAGACAAUUCUGAAACAUCAUUUUUAUUUUAGCCAGCAAAUGCAAUACAUAUAUUAUCUUAUUUCGAUGAUGUUAAUGAUGAAGAGCUUUAUCGUUUACUACCAGUUUUAAUAUUUUUAUCAGAUAAUUAUGACGUAAGGCAUGUAGGAUGUAUGUUGAAAGAAUUUGAAUAAAAUGAAGUUAUUGAAUAUAGAAAUAUGAAAAAUUAAAUUUAAUCAUUUUAAAAUAUUAAUGAAGAUAUUGAUUUAGAGAAAUAAUUAUAAGAAGAAAGAUAGGCUGAAUUAGAUUAAAUUUAAAAAGAAGUUUUUGUAAUGAAUAAUUUAAUGAGUGAUAUGGGCGAGAUGGUUGUUAAGCAAGGUGAAGUAAUCUAAGUAAUUGCUGAAAAUGCAGAUCAUAAAUUUAUUAUUUGA